CUGGGCCACAUGACCAGGGACGUGGCCCUGGAGGACAGCCGCAGGCGCCAAUGGGCUACGCCAGGCCUCCCCAGCAGAUGAUGCAGGGCCGGCCCAUGCCACCCAACCCUAACUUCCAAGGUCGACCACCUCCACCAGGACCAGGCAUGCCACAAGGCAGAGCGCCCGGUGGCAUUCAGCAGCCUGCCGGCAUUCAGCAUGCUAGGCCAAGCGUCGGGCCUUCCCAACCUGGCCCAGGUGUGAGGCCGGGAAUGAUGCCGCCUCAGCAGCAGGCUCCACGUCCUCCUAUGGGUGUCGCGCCUCCUCAGAAUGGCGCUCUGGGUCCGCGACCCAACAUGCCGAUGCAACCACAGCAGCAACAGCAGCAGGGGAGGCCUCCGAUGCCAGCACAGACGCCGAGCCAGCAGAAUCUCGCCGGCCCCAUGGCUUCCAUGAACCUCGGAGUGCCUGUUGAGCCGCCGGGGGCGCCCCCACCAGAACGAGGAGCAACACCAGCAGCGAGCCGAUCAAAGCGAUCUGCGCGCGCCUAUCACCAGGAUGAAGCGCCCCCGCCCAUGCCGGCCGGCAAUGGCGCCGGCUGGAACGACGUGCCGCAUCAGCAACAGUAUCCACAACAAGCGCCUCGAGGACAACAGCCCGCUUGGCAGGCGGCUGCACAAGCUCGUAUCGCACAGUAUGAGAACGCAGACGGGGCUGGCGGCCAAGUGGAUGGGUCACUGGACCAGAUUCCGGGUCAGCGCAACAUGAUUAGUCCCGAGCAGGCCGCCCACAACCAUGCGGCAAUGCGGGCUGCCGGCGGUAUGGGAGCGGUGGGACAACAGCAGCAGCAACAGCACCCCGGUAUGGGACAGCAACCGCAGAUCCAGCAGCCGCCACACUCGGCUGGCCAGCGAUUCGCAGGGCCGAGGAGCAAGAUUGACCCGGACCAGAUCCCCAGCCCUGUCGAGGCGCAGGAUGCCGACCAGGAGUUCUUCGACCGCGAAUGGUUCGCCACCUGUGGGCGUGGUGGACUGCCUCUCAGCACGACCGACUUUGGUGCCGUGGACCAGGGCAAUUGCUCGCCCAAGCACAUGCGCCUCACCACGUACAGCAUGCCACAGACCGAGGAACUGGCCCUCACCUCGCAGCUGCCCUUGGCGAUCGUCGUUCAGCCCUUUGCACAGCAGAGGCUUGACGAAGCUCCGAUUCCCAUCGUCGAAUGUGGUCCAAGCGGGCCUCCACGGUGCAAACGGUGCCGAGCAUACAUUAAUCCAUGGGCAAUCUUUGUCGAGGGAGGCCAAAAGUGGGUGUGCAACUUGUGUGGCACGGCGACCGAGGUGGCAGCCGACUACUUCUGCAACCUCGACAUGCACGGGAGACGAGUCGACUUUGACGAGCGCCUGGAGCUCAGCAGGGGAUCCGUCGAGUUCCGCGUGCCAAAGGAGUACUGGGCCAUCCAGGCCAAGCCACCUGCCAGUGUGCUCUUGCCUGUCGCGCCGGCCAGCACAAUCACUGAGACGGCCAAGCUCAGCCCCAAUCCCGGCGGUGAGGGAGAGGCUUUUGCUGGCAGCACCAUGGGUAUGACCGGACAGGGUGGUGCGGCGGCCAAAGCUGCGACAAAGGCAGCGAGCGACGCGCUCAGCAAUCUCAGCGUCGGACCAGGUCGGACUACGGUUCGAGCACCCCGGCCGAUGACGUACAUGUUUGCCAUCGAUGUGAGCUUUUCGGCGGCUCGUUGCGGAAGUCUCAAGGCAUCCGUCGAGGGCAUUCGCGAGUGCCUCUAUGGGCCGAGGAAGCAGCCGGGUCAGGACGAGUCGGACGAGGCUGCAAACGCAGGACCUGGCUUUGGGCUCCCACAUGGCAGCAAGGUCAUCAUCCUCACCUUCGAUCGCGCUCUGCACUUCUACAACCUCCUUCCCGAGCUCGACCAUGCCCAGAUGCUGGUGGUGCCAGAUAUUGACGAGCCAUUCGUGCCUCUCAGCGAAGGGCUCUUGGCCGAUCCCUGGGAGUCGAGGAGCGUCAUUGAGUCGCUGUUGGAUAACCUUCCGAGCAUCUUUGCCGAGAACAUGUCCUCGGAAGCCGCGCUAGGUGCAGCAGUGCGAGGGGCACAGGCGGCCAUGAGCACCAUCGGCGGUCAGUGCAACAUUUUCCUCUCCACCAUCCCGACGGUCGGUCCAGGCGCCCUGAAGCAUCGCGAGGACACGAAACUGUAUGGAACUGAGAAGGAAAAGCAGCUCUUUGCGCCUCAGGAUGCCUUCUACCGCGGUGUGGCCGAGGAAUGCGUCGACGCGGGCAUCGGCAUCAACGUUUGGUUCUUCCCCAGCCAGUACAUUGAUGUGGCCACCGUUGGCACCCUGUGCGGCCUGACGGGCGGCGACAUGUUCUUCCACCCUCGUUUCGAUCCCGUCCGCGAUGGCGUCAAGCUCGACGCGCAGAUCAAGCGAGCCAUCCUGCGCGAGUCUGGCUACAACGCGACGAUGAGAAUACGGUGCUCCAACGGCCUCCACGUUCAAGGCCACUAUGGCAACUUCUUCCAGCGCAAUACCACCGACAUUGAGCUGGCCAAUGUCGAUGCCGACAAGGCUAUCGCUGCUUCCUUCAAGCACGACGGCAAGCUCGAUGAGAAGCAAGAGGCCCACUUCCAGACGGCCAUUCUCUACACCUCUGCCGAUGGAGAGCGAAGAGUCAGGGUCCACAACAUUGCUGUGCCGGUCACGAGCCUGCUUGGCAACGUCUUCCGGUACGCCGACCUGGACAGCACCGUCGCUUACUUUACAAAGGAGUGCAUCACUUUGGCGCAGUCCAAGCCGUUGCGAGAGGUGCGCCACUACCUGACGGACAAGUGUGUCAAGAUCCUCCUUGCCUAUAGACGCAACUGUGCCUCGUCCACGUCGCCUGGUCAGCUCAUUCUUCCCGAGAGCUUCAAGCUGCUGCCUCUGUAUGCGCUUGCCAUCAUCAAGAGCAAGGCUCUCAAGGGCGGCAAUGUCACCUCCGAUGUGCGGACCUACUUCAUGCGAUACCUCCGAGGCCUCGGGGUGGGCAACAAUAUGGCCAUGUGCUACCCGCGAAUGAUUGCGCUGCACAACAUGGCCGAUGAUGAUGGCGAACCAAUCAAGAUUCCUCACCAGACGGAAAAUGGCACGACCGAGCACAUUGAUGGCGCCCGCAUCAAAUGUCCCCCGCUGCUGCGACCGAGCUACCAGCGCAUGGAGGCGCACGGUGCCUAUCUCGUCGAGAACAGCGACAUGUGUCUCUUGUGGCUGGGUGCGUCAGUCAGUCCGCGGUUGCUCGAAGACUUGUACGCGGUCAACAGCCUCGAGGAGCUGGACCCGAGGAUGACUACGCUCCCGAAACUUCCCACGAAGCUCUCGAAGCAGGUCCGGGCUCUCGUCGCGAGCUUUGCGGCUCAGCGGCUGAAGCCGGCCUUACCUGUGCUUAUUGCCAGGCAAAACAAGGAUGGAACCGAGGUGGAACUUGCCAACAACCUGGUCGAGGACCAGAAUAACGACGCAAUGUCGUACGUCGACUACCUCUGCCACGUCCACCGUAUCAUCACAAGCGAGAUGUCAGGAAACACUGGCAACUCCAAGCCAGACGACGUCGCUGGUACCGAGCACCACAGCCUCUGGAGGGGAUGGUGAGAAGGCCCCAUUCGGAGGCACCGUCCUCUUGUGCGCACACCGUAGGCCUGUACUUUGUUUUCCGGCGUCAAAAUGAAAAAAAGAGGUUUUCUAUUUCAA